AAACAUCUUCAGUCGAUGUUAUAAGUUGCAAACGGGAAGAUGUUUACAUUGCGCUGGAAUUCUUAUCGGAUUUUUCAAUAUUUAUUGAUCUUGUUUUUUGUGUCAAGAGCGGUGAUUGCCGGACAAACGCCUAAAAAAUGUGCAGCAUUUAAUGAAUAUUGUCAAAAUCAUUGGGACUGCUGCUCGAAUAGCUGUAUGAGCUAUAUGUAUCGUUGUAGCCGUGGUUACAAUGUCUAUCCUUAUCCCUUUUUGGGUGUCAGCUAUAAACCAACUGUAACCUUUGAUCAAAUACUUGAACAAAAUUUCGGCAGCUCAAAUGCUAUUCCUGCUUACCAACCUAAACCUUAUUUUGUUAGUCGUUUUGGUGGUCUCGAUGAAGCAAGUACCACUGAAGUCCAAAUUGUUCUACAAAAGAAAUCGGAGGAAACUACUACCACUGCGACAACUAACAACGAAUUAACUAGUACUUUGAAAAAUCCAAUUGAGUUGCCGGAAACCAUAGCUGUAGUGGAAAAUCGUUUAGGGGAGGAGCUAAAUGUUACUCAGAGAAAAGAUAAUGCUGAUGUUUUGCCAACAACCGAAGCAGCUUUAGUUACAAGCUCCACAACAAAACCACCUUGUUCGGAAAUUGGUGUAAAGUGUUACACUAAUGAUGAAUGCUGUAGCAAACGAUGCCAUGGAUUCUUACAUCAGUGCGUUACAUGAAUAAAACAUAUUUUUUGUAAUUCAUUAAAAUCUAAAUCCUUUGUGAAUGCCUGACUAAAUGCAUGAAUUUCUAUAAACAAUAAUUUGUCAUAAUUUUAAACAAAUACAGAAUUUUUGGAAAAAAAUAAAAGUUUUAUAUUCCCACAAAAUUAAA